AUGACUUCACAAAUGCAAUUGACGGAAAUUGCUUCUUUCUAAGACUUUAGACAAUACAAGUUUUAAGAAACUUUUUAAGUUUUGUAUUUUAGACAUAAAAAACAACAUGAAAAUUUUAAUUGUUAAAAAACUAUUUUUAUACUUGGUAUAAAAAUGUUUAUUUUUAUUAUACUGGCUUUUUAUAAUGUGGAACAAAGUGAAUGCGUUUCUUUCAGGAGUACAACAAGAAUGGACAAUUUAAAUGAAGGUGAUGACGUUAAUAUCACUGCUUCUUUCCAGUUUGAUACAGAUGAAUUAUUACAAGUUGUAAAGUUUAUUCUUGAAAACAAAACUGUAAUUGCUGAAGGAAAUGUAAAUCAAUACAAUGUUACACAAAAUGGUGCGUUUUUAUUUGGAAAUAGAAUUACAACCAGUGUAUAUGGUUACGACUACGUUACAACUAUAACAAAGUUAAAUAUAAAUGAUUCAAUGAACUUUAUUAUUCUACUGUUGUUUAAAAAAGAAAAUGUGUAUAACAUAGCUCAAUUUUACAUAUCACUUGAUGUCAAAGCUGUUCCAGUAGUUUUGAACUUUCCAAAAGUCUUGCAUAUAAAAGACGGUGAAUCACUGAGCGUUGAAACAAUCAUAUACGGUAAACCAAAACCUGAUUGCAUUGUAAUAUUUAAAGAACAAAUAUAUGUUCCUAAAUACUCGAAUGAGACAGAAGUCAAUAAAUAUCAGUUUAUAUACGACAUGGGCGUCAUGAAUUCUAAUUACAAUGGUAGUGUAUUGUACCUAAUUGUUUCUGGAAACGGCAAAGUAAUUACUCAAAAUACAAGUCUUAUAUUUCCAACUGAAAAUAUUUUCAAGCCAACAAAUAUGGAAAAAACGCUGUUAGAGACUACAACACCGUAUUCACCUAUUAGUACUUCCACUUUUAAUACUUCCGCUCUAAAUACUUCCGUUCUGAAUACUUCCGCUAUCAAUACUCCCGCUAGCAGUACUUCCGCAAUCAGUACUUCCGCUAUUGUAGGAAUUGUCAUUGGAUGUUUCUUGUUUGUUGUUAUUAUCUUACUACUUUUGAAAAUCUUAGUUUGUCAGUACAGAAAGAAAAAUAAAUGGAAUGUAGAAAAAGUUGAAAUAAAAAAUGAUGACCCUGCAUUAACAGAGGAUGAUGAUAAUAAAAGCAAUUCACGAGAUCCGUCGUUUUAUGAAGAUAUAUCACAUUUGCAAACAGGUUUGUCGUAUUUUGAUAAUAGCAAUAAAAUGGUUGACUCUCAAGAUGCAGCUUGUGUAUAUCAAAAUGACUACUUGAAUCCAAAAGAAUCUGUUAAUAAUCCUAAUUACUUUAUGUUAGAAAAAGUUAAUUCUGUGAUUUAUGAUGAAUCAGAAAAUAUUGAUGAGUCAAAGAGGUACAAUGAACUAGAAAAUACUUCUGAAAUAGGGAAACUUGAUCAACCAGAAAUAUGCGAUAAUUCGCAAAGUAAUACACUGAAGACUUUUGAUGAAAAUAACUACUACGAUGUUCCAGAAACCAUACAAAGUUAAGUUACAGCUUAGAUUUUAAUAUAUAUUAAAGCGCAUCAUUACAAAAAAAAAAAAAAAUUAAAACUUCA